AGUUGAGAACCCCUUUCCUCUCGCGAUCUACAUAAGUCCCGAAAACCGACUCAGGAUGUGGCUUCUUAAAAUCUUAAUCGUUUUCCUCGUUACAGGCAGUGUAUAUGCCGCGCCAAAUUGUCCUCUCUACGGCUUGGGAUAUCCCAAGCCAAGCCACCUCCUUACGCAACCGGGCAUCAAGACAGCAGCAAGCUCGUUAGACUCGGUGUUUUCUCAGUACAUCGACAAGGAUAGUGGGACUGGGUCGGAGCGGUUUUCCUAUUCGGUCGAGGUCUUCUCGGCCGACGAAGAACAGCCGUUAUGGUCACACCAUUGGACCGCGCCUAACCUGGCGGCACUCAGCUCGACUGGUGUUAGGAGAGUAGAUGGAAACACUGUCUACCGCCUAGGAAGCGUGACCAAGGUAUUUACUGUGUUGACAUUUCUGGCAGAAGUCGGUGACGCCGUGUGGAACGAGCCCAUCACGAAGUAUAUUCCGGAAAUCGCGGCCAUGGCUGCUACCGGCGAUGAUCUAUCGCAUUCUAUAUUCACGCCCGAUUGGAAUUCCAUCACCAUUGGAUCUCUAGCAAGUCAAAUGUCUGGUCUUAGCCGAGACUACGCACUGCUCGGCGAACUCACUCAGGGGUCGAAUGUAACUCAAGCCGCUACCAUCGGAUUCCCGGUUAUAAGUGAGACCGAGAUACCACCUUGUGGAAACCGGCCUGUUUGCAGCCGAUCACAGUUUUUUAAAGGUCUUGAAAGGCUGCCUCCAUCAUUCUCGCCGUUUGUCACUCCAGCCUACUCAGACAUCGGGUUCACACUUCUCGGGUAUGCCCUAGAGAAAAUGACGGGGAAGCCGUUCAGUAAAAUGGUCCAGGAUAAAGUCAUCAAACCCCUAGGGUUAAGCCGUACAUUCUACUCGGCUCCCAAAAACUCGCUCGGGAUCAUUCCAGGUGAACCGUAUGUAACUGGCUGGGCCUUCGACAUGCAGAAUGAAUCUCCUACCGGAAAUAUGUACUCAUCGUCCUCGGAUUUGUCUCGAGUUGGUCGCGCUAUUAUACAAUCCAAACUCCUACCUCCUGCAAUGACGAGACGAUGGCUUAAACCCGUGACCUUCAGCUCAGAUCCUAGAUCGGGUGUCGGGAUUCCCUGGGGUGUCCGACAACUUCCCCUCCUUAAAGGGGCCGACUCACCUUACCAGUUUGCGACUACGUUUAAUAAACUAGGGAACCUAGGCAAGUACAGCGCUUUGCUGGCCGUCAUUCCCGGCUUUGACAUCGGAUUCUCCGUUCUCGCCGCCGGCGAUUCGCCCCCCAGCCUCCUCACGGACAUCGCGGACACGCUAUCAGAUACAUACCUCCCGACUCUGGUCAACAUCGCGGGCACCCAAGCUAGCAAUACGUACUGCGGGGUAUAUAAAAGCUCGGAUCCGGCGGUAAACUCGUCUCUGAGUAUUGUGCUCGACGCCGGUCCCGGACUGGCCCUGGCUUCGUGGAUCAGCAACGGAACGAACUUGUUGUGGUACUCGGUAGCUAUGAGCCGCAACGUGACGGAGUCCUACUGGGAUAAGAUCAGGCCCAGCGUCCGGCUCUAUCCUACGGGGCUGUGGGACGCAACAGCAGACGGCGGGAAACGAGUUGCGUUCAAGGCCGUGUUCGAGGACCUGAGCUUGCCCAAUACCACGAAGCCGUUCACGACGGACUGCUCGACUUGGGUCAGCGUUGCCGGUAUCAUGUACGGCUCGAAGCCGCUGGACUUGUUCAUCUUCAAUUUCAACGCGGCCGGUAGCGUGACAAGUGUUGAGAACGCUGCGCUGAGAAAUAGGCUGGGCAGGGUGGAGGCUUGAUGCCUCUUGUGUGAUCGGAAUACCUAAGCUGCGAUGUAAUAGAGCGAACAUAGAGACGGGAUGAAGACACGCCAUCGGAAAGCGUAACGAGCCUCGAAGGUUUCCCGCAACGCUGGCCUUUCUAUGUGAUCUCAUUCGCGGCGACCCUACUUCGACAGAAUUGCUAUUAGCAUACCCGUAGAUAAAAAUCUGAACGUAUAUUACAGGCGCUGCC